AUGGAGAAAACCAACUUCAGCAAAAGACCUUUCUUUUUCAUCUGCACAUUUCUUGGCUUUCUAUUGAUAUUACUUAGCAGAAUUUCUGUCUGCAGUGCUUCAGAGAGUGAUUUUUAUUGCUUGAAAUCGAUAAGAGAUUCAUUACAAGAUCCUUUUGAUUCUUUGGGCUCUUGGGAUUUCAGCAAUGCUACCGAAGGCUUCGUCUGCCAUUUCAUGGGAAUUGAAUGCUGGAAUAGUGAUGAGAAUAAGGUAAUGAAGAUCAUACUUUCAAACUCAGGACUAAUAGGUGAGUUUCCGCGAGGCAUUCAAAAUUGUACAAGCUUGACAGAUUUACAGCUUUCUGGCAACAACUUGUAUGGAACCAUCCCUUCUGAUAUUUCAAUGAUAGUUAAAUAUGUUACAACACUUGAUCUCUCAAAUAACACAUUUUCUGGCAAUAUACCACCAGAUUUAGCUAAUUGUGCAUACAUUAAUUUUCUAAUGUUGGGCAAUAAUAAUCUAGAAGGUGAAAUUCCAACCAGAAUUGGCUCUUUGCCUCGCCUAAUGACGUUCAGUGUAGCCAACAAUCACUUGACUGGACCAGUGCCAUCAUUUGUUAGCGAACGAAUCACAGCUAAAAGUUUUGCAAACAAUCCAGAGCUUUGUGGGAAGCCCUUGAAAGAAUGUGAGGAUUCUGAGGAUUCUUGGAUAUGGGAACAUAUCGAUCGUGCUUCAUUUAUCGAAGCAUUUGUGUUUGGUUGGGUAUUUUUAUUUACAUUAUUUUUAGUCCUUUGCUUAUAUAAAUUUCCAACCAAGGCUAUCAACAAGAUAUUUUCACCAAACAUAUGGAAACUGAGGUCAAAGGAACAUUAUAGUCCAGGAAGUGAUCCACCAGGUGAAGAGGAAUUAAGCAGACACCAGAAGAUAUUAAAGUUGGAGAAGUUUGUUACAAGAAUGAGCUUCACCGAGCUGGCAAACGCAACUUCUGAUUUUGGUGAAGAUUAUUUGGUAGGUAAUGGAAUGCUGGGCAAAGUGUACAAAGCUAUUCUACCAAAUGACUGGACACUUGCAAUCAAGAAGCUGAAUGACUGGGAGAAUUUGGAGGACGAGUUUCUCUCGGAGAUUACAACUCUUGGUGGUCUGAGGCAUCGGAACCUAUUGCCUCUAAUAGGUUUCUGUGUUGAAAGGGAAAAAAAACUUCUCGUUUACAAAUACAUGUUUAAUGGAAGUCUUCAUGAAUGGCUGCACUCGAACGAAGACAAGGCCAAGAUUUUAGACUUCCGUCUUAGAGUUAAAAUUGCACUUGGGAUAGCAAAAGGUCUAGCUUGGCUUCAUCAUGGUUACAAAUUGCACGUUACACACGGAAGCAUAAGCACGCGAUGUAUCUUGCUAGAUCAAAAUUUUGAUCCCAAAAUAUCCAACUUUUGGGAAGCAAAAAUUUGGAGUAAGAAUGAUGCUGCAUUAAGUUGGAGUCUUUUCCCAGUAGCUGAAUAUUCAUGUUUAGGUUCUUACAAGAAAGACAUCUACUGCUUUGGCGUCCUGCUUCUCGAGCUGGUUACAGGGAAGGAACCGCAUGAAUUGACAAGCUCGAGAAAUCUGUUUGAUCACUCGCCUUGUCUACUUGAUGCAGAUAAAGAUUUGCUUGGGAAAGGAAUCAACGAUUUGAUCCUCGAAUUUCUAGAGUUAGCUUGUGACUGUGUGAAGUUCUUACCUAAUGAAAGGCCAACAAUGCUGGAAGUUUAUGACAAACUCAAGACAAUUUCUCAAGGUCGAAACGACGACUAGGUAUAGAAAACUCUCUUAUCAACUGGCAUUUGAAG